AUGGCCCAGAGUGGUGACCUGACUUUUCCAUGCGGUGGGACUCGCCCAGUCCCAGUGGCUGCCACCUGACAACACCUGGCAUUGCAAGUGCUUCCUUGGUCGUUCCCAGGAGGUGAGCGCCAGGCCCGCUGAGCCUCUGCAGAGCCGCCAGCCAUGCCCGGGAUCGUGGUGUUCCGGCGGCGCUGGUCUGUGGGCAGCGAUGACCUCGUCCUGCCAGCCAUCUUCCUCUUCCUCCUGCACACCACCUGGUUUGUGAUCCUGUCCGUGGUGCUCUUCGGCCUGGUCUACAACCCGCACGAGGCCUGCUCCCUGAACCUGGUGGACCACGGCCGCGGCUACCUGGGCAUCCUCCUGAGCUGCAUGAUCGCCGAGAUGGCCAUCAUCUGGCUGAGCAUGCGCGGGGGCAUCCUCUACACGGAGCCCCGCGACUCCAUGCAGUACGUGCUCUACGUGCGCCUGGCCAUCCUGGUGAUCGAGUUCAUCUACGCCAUCGUGGGCAUCGUCUGGCUCACUCAGUACUACACCUCCUGCAACGACCUCACUGCCAAGAACGUCACCCUCGGGAUGGUUGUCUGCAACUGGGUAGUCAUCCUCAGCGUCUGCAUCACUGUCCUCUGCGUCUUCGACCCCACGGGCCGCACCUUCGUCAAGCUGAGAGCCACCAAGAGAAGGCAGCGCAACCUGCGGACCUACAACCUGCGGCACCGUUUAGAGGAGGGUCAGGCCACCAGCUGGUCGCGCCGGCUCAAAGUGUUCCUCUGCUGCACCCGGACAAAGGACUCCCAGUCAGACGCCUACUCGGAAAUUGCCUACCUCUUUGCUGAGUUUUUCCGGGACCUCGACAUUGUGCCGUCCGACAUCAUUGCUGGCCUGGUGCUGCUCCGGCAGCGGCAGCGGGCCAAGCGCAAUGCUGUGCUGGACGAGGCAAACAAUGACAUCUUGGCCUUCCUGUCUGGGAUGCCAGUGACCAGAAACACCAAGUACCUCGACCUCAAGAACUCGCAUGAGAUGCUCCGCUACAAAGAGGUCUGCUACUACAUGCUGUUUGCCCUGGCUGCCUAUGGGUGGCCCAUGUACCUGAUGCGGAAGCCUGCCUGCGGCCUCUGCCAGCUGGCUCGGUCCUGCUCGUGCUGCCUGUGCCCGGCGAGGCCCCGGUUCGCCCCUGGAGUCACCAUCGAGGAAGACAACUGCUGUGGCUGUAAUGCCAUUGCCAUCCGGCGGCACUUCCUGGACGAGAACAUGACUGCGGUGGACAUCGUCUACACUUCCUGCCAUGACGCGGUCUAUGAAACACCCUUCUACGUGGCCGUGGACCAUGACAAGAAGAAGGUGGUGAUCAGUAUCCGGGGGACCCUGUCCCCCAAGGAUGCCCUGACCGACCUGACCGGCGAUGCUGAGCGCCUCCCCGUGGAGGGGCACCACGGCACCUGGCUGGGCCACAAGGGAAUGGUCCUCUCAGCUGAGUACAUCAAGAAGAAGCUGGAGCAGGAGAUGGUCCUGUCCCAGGCCUUCGGGCGAGACCUGGGCCGCGGAACAAAACACUACGGCCUGAUUGUGGUGGGCCACUCCCUGGGUGCAGGCACUGCUGCCAUCCUCUCCUUCCUCCUGCGCCCACAGUACCCGACCCUCAAGUGCUUUGCCUACUCGCCCCCGGGGGGCCUGCUCAGCGAGGACGCGAUGGAGUACUCCAAGGAAUUUGUGACUGCUGUGGUCCUGGGCAAAGACCUCGUCCCCAGGAUCGGCCUCUCGCAGCUGGAAGGCUUCCGCAGACAGCUCCUGGAUGUGCUGCAACGAAGCACCAAGCCCAAAUGGCGAAUCAUCGUGGGGGCCACCAAAUGCAUCCCCAAGUCCGAGUUGCCUGAGGAGGUGGAGGUGACCACCCUGGCCAGCACGCGGCUCUGGACCCACCCCAGCGACCUGACCAUUGCCCUUUCGGCCAGCACCCCGCUGUACCCACCCGGCCGCAUCAUCCACGUGGUCCACAACCACCCUGCGGAGCAGUGCUGCUGCUGUGAGCAGGAGGAGCCCACCUAUUUUGCCAUCUGGGGCGACAACAAGGCCUUUAACGAGGUGAUCAUCUCGCCGGCCAUGCUGCACGAGCACCUGCCCUACGUGGUCAUGGAGGGCCUCAACAAGGUGCUGGAGAACUACAACAAGGGGAAGACAGCUCUGCUUUCUGCUGCCAAGGUCAUGGUGAGCCCCACUGAGGUGGACCUGACUCCCGAACUCAUCUUCCAGCAGCAGCCACUCCCCACGGGGCCGCCCAUGCCUGCUGGCCUCGCCCUGGAGCUGCCAGCCGCAGACCACCGCAACAGCAGCGUCAGGAGCAAGUCCCAGUCUGAGAUGAGCCUGGAGGGUUUCUCGGAGGGGCGGCUGCUGUCCCCGGUGGCUGCUGCGGCGACAGCCCGCCAGGACCCGGUGGAGCUGCUGCUGCUGUCCACCCAGGAGCGGCUGGCGGCAGAGCUGCAGCAACGGCGGGCGCCGCUGGCCACCAUGGAGAGCCUCUCGGACACGGAGUCGCUGUACAGCUUCGACUCGCGCCGCUCCUCCGGCUUCCGCAGCAUCCGCGGCUCGCCCAGCCUGCACGCUGUGCUGGAGCGUGAUGAGGGCCACCUCUUCUACAUCGACCCGGCCAUCCCUGAGGAAAACCCGUCCCUGAGCUCGCGCACCGAGCUGCUGGCAGCCGACAGCCUGUCCAAGCACUCUCAGGACACGCAGCCCCUGGAGGCCGCCCUAGGCAGCGGGGGCGUCACUCCCGAGCGGCCCCCCAGUGUGGCCAAUGAGGAGGAGGAAGAGGUGGGUGGUGGGGGUGGCGGGGUGGCCCCCUGUGGGGAGCUGGCCCUGCACAACGGGCGCCUGGGGGACUCGCCCAGCCCUCAGGUGCUGGAAUUCGCGGAGUUCAUCGAUAGCCUCUUCAACCUGGACAGCAAGAGCAGCUCCUUCCAGGACCUCUACUGCAUGGUAGUGCCCGAGAGCCCCACCAGCGACUACGCCGAGGGCCCCAAGUCCCCCAGCCAGCAAGAGAUCCUGCUGCGUGCCCAGUUCGAGCCCAACCUGGUGCCCAAGCCCCCGAGGCUCUUUGCCGGCUCAGCCGACCCCUCCUCGGGCAUCUCACUGUCGCCCUCCUUCCCGCUCAGCUCCUCGGGCGAGCUCAUGGACCUGACGCCCACGGGCCUCGGCAGCCAGGAGUGCCUGGCAGCAGACAAGGCCCGGACUUCUACCCCCACUGGCCACGGGGCCAGCCCCGCCAAGCAGGAUGAGCUGGUCAUCUCAGCACGCUAGCACUCCAGCCGCGCUGCCAGCUGCGCCCAGGCCGGAGCAGGUAGCCCUGUGGGCACCUACUGGCUGCCUCCAGCCAGGCAGCUUUGAGGAGAGGCCCCGGGGGCCAGUUUAGCCUCAGGCAUGGGGCACUGCUGCUGAGCUGGGGGUCCGCAUCCCUACCUCAGCUUUGGACCCCCAGAGCCAAGGCGGCUGGGAUCUGGCCCCCCAGAUGGGGAAAGAUGGGAAGGGCAUAGAGCAGGGAGAGCCUGGGGCAGCCUGCCAGGCGAGUGGGCUGUACUCUGCCCUCUCGGCCUGACUGCCCCCACGGGACAUCCUGGCGCCCCCGUUCCUAGACAGGCAGUGGGCAAGCUGCCUCCCCAUCACUGCCUCCCGCUGCCCUCCCAGGGCCGAGAUGGAGAGCAGCCCCCUCCCCACGUUUCUCAUCUGUGGUCCAGGCUGGCGUCUGCCCUGGCCACCCCCCAGACCUGGUGCCUGCUGGCCAGCCCCCUGGGGUAACACCCGCCACGGUGGCCUGCAGUGCUGUGUAUGUUUACAGAAGCUGCUGGGCUUGGCUCAGGAUGUGUCCUGGGUUUGCAAGCCCCCCAUCCUGUCCAGUCGUGUUCAGUAGCCCCCCUCUGAGCAAGGCUCGGGCAGCCGAGGGGCCUGGAGGGUCCUGGGGGAGGGUGGGGUCAGGACCGCCCCUCCUCCGCGUCGCCCUCAUGCUGAGCCCUGUGUCGCUGGGUCCUGGCCCCAGGCCUGCCCUCCCUGCCUGCUGCUUCCGGGCUGCCUGGCCACACCAAGGGUGGUGGGCGCUGUUCUGACCACCCUGGCUGCAGAGUCACUGCCCUGGCAGGAAGGAAGGUACCCGAAGCCCUUCCUCUGGGGGCCCCACCUGACCCCUUUAUGUCACCCCAUCAUGCCUAGGCAGCUCUGGGCCCUGGAAUCUGACACCAACACGCCUCUGCCCCCUCAGCCUUCCCUCCUCCCUGGCCUGGGCUCCCUCCCCCAAUGUCUUGAUGGCAGAAAGUGGGGCCAAGAGUCGGGUAUUGUGGGACUUGGCUGCCCAGGGGAGAGGCCAGGAAGGACAGGGGCUCGGGGGCUGUACUGUGUUAGCCUGAGGGUCCCAUAGGGGUUCCUUCCCUGCUGGGUUUGGGAAGCAGCUGGGGAGGUGGAGACCCGGCGUUUCCCCAGAGGAAGGGGGAGGUCGUGCAUGCUAGUGUUGGGCGUGUGUGUGCAUGUGCAUGAGUGUGCACCCUUCCUGAGGAAGGGGUGCUGGGGGCCACCCACCCUGCCUGCCCUGCCUGCUGCCUCUCCCAGCCUGCCCAGAAAACAGUCAGCGAGCAUGAUGGGACCUGUGCAGUGGGGCCGUGGGACAAGCUCUGCUUCAGACGCCAUCUGUUUCCCUUGUGCCUGCUGCUCUGACCCUGGUUUGGAAAAGUGGUGUGUGUUGAGGUGCUGACCGCACGGCUGACUGCCCGCUUGUGCCUUGUCUCCUUGGAGGCAUGGUCCUGCCCACUCUGGCUCCGCCUGCCGCCUCCCGCGUGGGCUAGCUUCCCCUGACCAAGACCCCCAUCCCAUGAUCACUGGUAUCCGGCCCCCCGCCCCCACAGGACUGGCCUAGAUGGCUGCCCUGGGAACACCUGCCCACCCUGACAGAGGGGACAGAGACCUGGGAGCUGGGCCUCCCCUCAUCCUCUGGGACUGGGACUGCAGGACACCUGUCCCUGCCAAGGCAUAGCCUCAGUCCAGCACAGAAGCAAGACGCAAUCAGUGGCCCUUAGACUUUAAAAACCAAGACAAAAUCUUAAAUCAGAGGAAGGUUCCAACAAGCACCCCAGCCAGUCACAGGGAGAGACUUGAAGUCUGGCCUUUUAAUUUCUCCCCUGCCAGGGUGGGUCCUGGACCUCUAAGGUGGGUGUGUUGCCCACCCAUGCCCAGGACUGAGCCAUCAGGGACAGACCCCCCACCCCCAAGGCUGCAGUCACACCGUGUGUCAGGCUUGGGGCUGGGGCAGGCUUGGACUCAGCCCUGGACACCCAGGGGCGGCACACCCCUGACCUGCCCCACGAGCCCCUGCAGGAUGGGCCUGCUGCACGGCUCCCCUCCACCCCAUACCACACUCGGGGGGUCUGAGCCACCCCCCUCAGCCCAGCUCGGCUCAGACCGACCCCCACUCCGUCCCCCAGACCCACAGCACAAGCUCUCCAGCGUGCGCUGGCCUGUCCUCCCAGGGGCCUGGGCGACUCCUUAUGCAAUCGGCAGCGAGCAGCCGGGCCCCGCAGACCCUCACGCACUCUCUACGUGCCAUUCUCCCAUGACCUUUUUUGUACUUAAUGUAUGAAAGAUCCAAACUAAUAUUGCUGUAAAAAUGAGAGACAAAUUAAUAUAGCUUAUUCUAUAAAUAUAUCUGUAUAUAAAGGUUUCUGUAUAUUGUAUAGAGCUGUGUAUAAAUUGGAUGUUAGAAGC